AUGGUAAUUGGUUUUCAAUUCUUGCGAUUUUCUGGUUCCGGAGGAUUGUUAGCGGGUUCUUCUGGAGCACCGCCACCGCCGCCACCACCACCUUCUCGUCUUCCGGAACCGGUGGACGCUCCUCCACUUUUCCCAGAGAUUGAUAUAACUCUGGAGGAGGUAGAAGAAAUUUUAAAUUCCUUCGACACUCGCGAGAUCCCGCUAAUCGAUCCCGAACUUGACGGGGCGUUAUGGUUCGGGGUUAACGAUAAAGAUUUGAGGAAAAAAUUUACAGCAAUAAUAAUAUCAAAUUUUUCUCAACUCUACUACUGUUGGACGGUGGUACCGGACAACAUCAAACGUUCUUGGUGGCAUUCGUUCAUCUACACCGAUAAAGUUUACAAAGAGUUCAACCAGCUGGGUAUGCAGCGGUUGAAACAAAUGAUGAACAAUGCCAAACGCCGUCAUCAGCUGCAUGGACUGCCACCGGAAUGGGCAACAAAUGACUUGUACCAGCAGCUUCUUUCGCAUUGGAACUCAGACCAUUUCAAGAACAAGAGUUCCAAGGCGAAACAAAGUCGUCUGGCCCAAAAAAUCGAGGGUGAUGGGCCUCAUCGUCAUACCUCCGGUGCUAAAUCAUUCAAGAAGAGGCAAAAAGAGAUGGAGAAAGAAAUUGGGAGAACGCCAUCAAUUGUAGAGUUGGUCGCUCGGACACACAAAAAGUCUGAUGGGACAUAUGUCGAUCCCCGUGCAGAACGAGUUGUAAGCACGGUAACUCAACGACUCACCCAGCUCUCGCAAAAUGUUGGCGAUUCAGCGGGUUCUUCAUCCGGUCUCUCUGCAUCGGACCAAGAUCGUUGCUAUGUGGAGUCGGUCUCUCCAAAUAAGGGCCGCAUCUAUGGAUUAGGAGGAUUGCAGCGAGAUUUGUUCGAUGAUUUCGGUGCAGCAAUUCCUCCUGGCAUGUCACUGAUUGUAGGAAUUGCUGUCCUCUCAUAUCGGUGUACGAUUCAGAUUCACACGAUGGAAGGUUUCAAGGAAUUACAAACCAUUGGAAAAACUGCCUUGUUGGAUUCUACCAACCAUGGACACUGGAAAGUCAAGAUCAGCUCGUAUAUUCGAGGGUUGGAUGAAGAUACUUGGAGUGUUGUUACUGAUGGAUGGACUCGACCCACAGAUAUCAUUGAUGGAGUUGCUAAACCGAAGCCGAAAAGCGCAUGGACACCACAAGAGAAGAAGGAUUCUCCUAUGAAUCAGAAAGCACUGUCUAUCAUUUUCAGCAGUGUGUGUCAUGAAGAGUUUGAACAGAUUCAAGGAUGUGAAACUGCUAAGGAUGCAUGGGAUACUUUGGAGCUUAUUCAUGAAGGAACAUCCAAGGUAAAAAGAAACAGGUUGGAUAUGAUAGAUCUUCAGUUUGAACGCUUGAGGAUGGGAGAUGACGAAAGUGUUAAGGAUAUCUGUGGGAAGUUGAGUGCCUUAUCGAAUGAGAUUCUGGUGUUUGAAGGCGUAAACAAUCUGGAGACUGUCACCUUCAAGGAAGCUGUUGGAACAUUUGCAGCACAUGAACUGAGACUGCAACUAAUGAAUGGUGGAUCGUCGGUUCCAACCAAGAAGGGACAAGGUAUUGCUCUUCAUGUCCCUGAAACUAAUGAGAUUGAUUCGGAGAAUAGAAGACAAGUAAAGAAUAAAAAACAGGCUGAAGAAGAGCUACAUGAUGAGAUGACACUGGUCAUUAAGAAGUUCAAUAGAUUUUUCAAGGGAAAGAAGAAAUUUGGACAACUAAGUGACAGAGAUUCAAGAAAAUGCUUGGAAUGCAAAGGCACAUGA